AUGAGUUUCAAUGAGCUCUAUGACAUCAGCUAUCAUAAGAUAGGUGAAAGCGCAGUUGGAAUGGUCUAUUAUGGAACAGAAAUCCGCACAAACACGCCCGUGGCAAUUAAGCUCAUCUGCAAGGCCUCAACAAAGCUCGAUCCCUACUUUAUGGAGCGAGAGGCAAAUACACUACUAUCCAUCACCCAUGAAAACAUCAAUCGCGUCCGCGGGAUCUAUGAGAGUGCAGAAAACCUGUACAUUGUCAUGGACCUCUGCGUAGGAAACGAUGUGUUCACUCAUGCCAUACGGAAAAAGUACUAUUCCGAGGACGAUGCCCGGGAGAUCAUCAGGCAAAUCUGUCGAGCUCUAGCCUACCUACACUCGCGUCACAUAGCGCACCUGGGGAUUAAGCCCGAGAAUCUUCUCAUAACGUGCAAUUCGCAAAGGCCCAUAGUUUCCCACCUCAAUGACAGCGAAGGGCCACAGCCAUCUCGGGAGCUUGAUGAGAAAUACCUUGUGAAGCUUGUGGAUGUGAUGCUAUCUCAGUACCUACACGGGGGAGAACCGUUGAUCAGGCCCGAAUACAUCUCAUUCAUGGCUCCAGAAGUCUUGCGCCAUCAGCCAUACUCCACAGAGCCGGACAUCUACGCCAUGGGAGUCACUACUUAUCUUCUCCUUGGCGGCGUACUUCCUUACGAGGAGCGUGACGCAGGAGAGCUGCUGGUUCUCAUUGAAAAGGGUCAAUGGGGCUUUCAGAAUGCAAACUUCAAUGGUAUUUCAGCUAAUGCUAAGGACUUUAUUACUCAGUGUCUCAAGCCGGCGAUUUCUGAGCGCAUUACAGCACGCAAGGCGCUUCAGCACCCCUGGCUCUGCGAUCCUCUACCGCACAUAGUUCCCCUCAGCGGAACCCAGUCUCAACUCGAGCGCUAUCUCGCCUCUUUGAAAUUGCACACCAUGUCUGUAACAGAACAAGAGCCAAUCCCGGCCACAAUCUUUACUAAUAGUGGGGAGAAUGUGCCACAGUAG